AUGAUAUCAGCCAACGUAGAGUAUCCAUUUACGGAACCUGGUAAACUACAACAAUGGAGAUACUCAGUUGGUGAUAAAUUCGACAAAGGUUCAAUCAUUGGUAUAUUUAAUUCAUCAAAGAAUCAAUCAGAAUUAAAUUUAAUAUCUCAAUAUGAUGGUAUUAUUAAAUCAAUCUUAAUAAAUGAUACAAAAAAAGAAUUAAAUAAAGGGGAUGAAUUAUAUAAUAUUGAAUAUUGUACACAUGAUAUUCAAUUUAGUGGAUUAUGUGCGACAUGUGGUAGAGAAUUAACAGAUACACAAGAAUCAUUAUCAAUUUUACAUGGUCAUUCACAUUUAACUGUAUCACAUAAAGAAGCACAAAGAAUUGGUGAUAUAAAUACUAAAAGAUUAUUAAUGGAAAAGAAACUUUCGCUAGUAUUGGAUUUAGAUCAUACAGUUAUUCAUGCUGUCACUGAACAAGGUUUUAACUCUUCUCCAGAAUGGAGAAAUAAAGAUAAAAAUAAAAAUGGUAUUCAUACAAUCACUGUCAAUGGUCCAAUGAAUUAUUGUAUUAAAAAAAGACCACAUUUAGUGAAAUUUUUAACAGAAGUAAAUAAAAUUUAUGAAUUACAUAUUUAUACAAUGGGUACUAGAAAUUAUGCAAAUGAGAUUGCAAAAUUAAUAGAUCCAGAAUCAUCGAUAUUCAAAGAGAGAAUUCUAUCAAGAGAUGAUGGAAAUGGUAUAAAUUUCAAAUCAUUACAAAGAUUAUUCCCUUGUGAUGAUUCAAUGGUUUUAAUCGUUGAUGAUAGAUCUGAUGUUUGGAAGAAAUCUAAAAAUUUAAUUCAAAUUUCACCUUAUGUUUAUUUUACAGAUGUUGUAGAUUCACUUCACCAUGAAAAACAACCAUUAUUACAGCAGAAAUUAAAAGAACAACAAGAACAACAACAACAACAACAACAACAACAACAACAGCAGCAACAACAACAACAAAAUAAAGAAACAACAGAAACAACAGAAAAAACAGAAAAAACAGAAACAACAGAAAUAACAGAAAAAACAGAUUUAGAUAAUAAAGAAAAUCAAGAAAAUAAAACGACUACCACUACCACCACUACAACUACAACUACAACUACAGAUAGUAAUAAUACAAAUGAAAAUGAAAAAGGAAAUGAAGAAGAAGAGGAAGAAUCAGAUAAAGUUGAUUGUCAUUUAUUAAUAAUUUUAGAUAAAUUACAAAAGAUUCAUAGAUUAUAUUAUGAAAGUAAAGAUAAAGGAGGUAGUCCACAUGUUAUAGAUUUAGUUGAAAUUGUUAAAAAGGAUAUAUUAAAAGGUACAUAUAUUGUUUUUAGUGGUGUUUAUCCAUUAGGUACACCAAUUCAAAAACAACCAUUACGUUGGUUAGCUGAGGAAUUUGGUAGUGUAGUUCAAAAUGAUAUAAACAAUGAGACUACUCAUGUCAUUGCUCAACGAAAAGGUACUUCCAAAGUUAAUAAAGCAUUAUCAAAAGGUUUAAAAGUUAUCUCACCACAAUGGUUAAUAGAAUCAACAAGAAUUUGGCAAAUGGCAGACGAAGAUGAUUUCAGUUUACCCACCGAUAUUGAUAGUCCAAUAACGGCAACCUCUUCAAAUGGUGGGAGUGUAGUUAAUGAUGGUACUGCUACUAGUGGUGGUGGUAGUGGGAAAGAUGCACCAUUAGUAGAGGAGGAUGAAGAAACUAAAGCAAAUUUAGAGAAAGUUGCUGCAAAUUUAAUCACUGGUGGAGUUUUAGAUGCAUUAUAUAAUGAUGAUGCUGAUAAAGAAUUGGAGGAUUUUUUAGAUGGUGAAAGUGAUGCUGAUAGUCAAGGUAGUCGAAGUAGUAAUGCAAGUGCAAAUUCAAGUGAUUAUGAAAAUGAUGAAGAUGAAGAUGAUGAUGAUGAACAGAAUAAUCAAGAUAAUUCAACAGCAGCAGUUGUUGAUAAUAAUAAUAAUAAUAAUAAUAAUAAUAAUAAUAAUAAUAAUAAUAAUAAUAAUAAUAAUAAUAAUAAUAAUAAUAAUAAUAAUGUAAAUGAUAAAGAAAUUGUAAAAAAUAGUAGUAUUGGUGUUAAUAAUAUAUCAAAAAAAAGAAAAAGAGGUGAUUUAAGAAGCAAUAGUAGUAGCAGUAGUAGUAGUAGUAGUAGCAGCAGUAGCAAUGGAAGUAUCAGUAGUAAAAGUAAUGGACAUCAUAGCAGUAGUAGUAGUAGUAGUAGUAAUAGCAGUGUGAGUAGUGGUAGUAGUGAUGAUGAAAAUGAUGAUAGUUCAAGCGUAAAUGGUGAUAGUUCAAAUGCAAACCAAGAUGACAACGAUGAUAUAGCCAAUUUCCUUGAAGCAGAAUUAGAUAAAUUUAUUGAAUAA